CAUACCUCUCUCCAAAUCUCCAACUACUAGAAAUGAAACAAAUUACCUCAGAAUUUAAUUUCUUAUGAUCACAGAGCGAGAGAGAAAGGGAGACAAAUUGCCCAUCUGCAAUUUCUGCCACAGCAACGUGUCUGUUUCAGUCAUUUCCUUACCCACCCAAAUCCAACCCUCCUCCUCCCCGCUGAAAAAAGGAUCCCAGCAUUCAAGGCGAACCCUGUAACCCACGAAAACUUGAAGCCCACAAAAACCAGGCAACAGAAGGGAAGUACAGAGAAAUUAAGAAGGCAAAGGAGAAGAAGACAAGAAGAAGAAGAUGGAGAAAAAAGCCUCCCGUUUCCCUCUGCUCCUCUCCUUUUUCCUCGUAUUCUUCUCCUUCCCUUACCUAUCGUCAUCCGUAAAAACGAUACCCAUCUCCCUGGACGAGCCCUCUGCCUACAAAGAGCUCAAAAACUGGGGUUUCCCAAUUGGGUUGCUGCCCGCGAACGUCAAGGAUUAUAGCCUCAACCGGACGACCGGCGAAUUCUCGGUGAGCCUCGGGGACCAGUGUCAGAUUACUCUUCCUCCUGAUAACUAUGUGGCCACGUACAAGAGGACCGUAACGGGGAGGGUGGCGGAGGGGAAGAUUGGACAGCUCGACGGGAUUGAGGUGUGGGCUAUAUUCAAGUGGUGGUCGAUCACUGGCAUCAAGGCCAGCGGCGAGAACCUGGUCUUUGAGGUGGGGAUGGUUUCGGCGAAGUUUCCGACGAAGAACUUCGACGAGAGCCCCGUGUGCGAAGGAACGAGCUCGGCUAGCCGAUGAGGGGAAGAUAAUUUGCCUGGUAAUUAGCUUUCUCUCCAUUCUCGAACCAAAUAGUGCAAGCUUAUGCUACGAUAUGUAGUUGCUCUCAGAACAUGGUUAGACAUGCUAAGUAUAUCUAUUGGACCUGGCAAGAUAAUGACUAUUAGUGGACUAUCAAUUUCUGCUUGUUGUAUAUAUGUUUCUGUGACAAGAUGGUUGUGUUUGCAAAAACAAAUGGUGGACUUUCUUUCUCUA